AUGGCUCCUCCACCACCACCACCGCCUCCACUGUGCCUCCCAUUCACCAAGAGGAACAAGCGUAUCGACGCUGCUGAACUCACGCGGUCCUUCAGCCAGCGGUCAAAUAUCUCGUCUCGUUCGCAGGGCAUGGACUCGUACCGCUCGGCCGACUCUCGCGUGUCUGGUCGUUCUGCGGGUACUCACCAGCCUGCGCAGCUCGUGCGAACCGGCUCCUACUCCCCUACGCAAACUCUCGCAUCCGACGCCGAGAAGCUCUCUUUUGACUCUGAUUCCGAGGUGUACGAUGUUCCGGCUCUUCCGAACAAGAAGACAAGGGGAGGGCAGCAGGAGACCGCACUCGUGCGCUCGGAUUCGAAGAGGAAGUGGGGCUAUGGAUGGGGGAUGGGAAAGAACAAGGAAGGCAGAGUAAUGACGAGGGAGAGGUCAGCAUCACUGGACGAGAAGCCGUCGCUCCAUACUUCGGCUACAGUCACUCGGUCGUCAACCCGGUCUAGCGGUCGCAGCGGUGCGAGCGGUGCGAGCGGUGCUACUGGUGUCAGUGGUGUCAGCGGUGGUAGCAGACGUCCUCCAUAUUACGCCAGCGACUCCUCAAGCACACUCGUUGGAUCAGCAUACAUACGGAAAGAAGACGGUGUCGACGAUCCUAUUCAGAGAAGGGUCGACAAGGAGAAGGUUGACACGGCUGCCCGGUUGGAGGAGAUCAGGAAGCUUAUGAUGAGGGACAAUUUGGACUAUUAUGUCAUUCCCAGUGAAGAUGCUCAUCAAUCUGAGUACGUUGCUAAGGGCGACAAGCGCAGGGAGUGGAUAUCAGGUUUCACUGGCUCUGCUGGUCAGGCUAUCAUUUCUAAAUCGACAGCCUACCUUGUCACCGACUCGCGAUACUGGAUUCAGGCCAAAGAGGAGCUAGACAACAACUGGCAUCUGAUUCCCGCCGGAGAUGUUGACGGUCCCAAGGAUUGGAUAGAUUGGCUCUCUGAUCGGGCGAAAGACGCUCGAAUUGGCAUGGACGCGCGUAUGAUUUCACAUCAGCACGCAACUCAGCUCACGGCGAAAAUCAACGAGAAGAAGUCGAAGUUGGUUUUCCCGCCUCAGAAUUACAUCGAUCUGGUCUGGAAGGACAAGCCCUCAAGGUCGAAAGAGCCAGUAUUCAUUCAGCCUAUCGAAUUUACUGGACGCGAAGCCUCCAGCAAGCUUGCGGAAAUCCGAAACUUCGUCCGAGCACAACCCCCUUCCGUCCCAUCCUACUCUAAGUCCAAUCCGACGCCUGCCCAGAUGCAUGUGGGCACCCUAAUUACGUCUUUGUCGUCAAUCGCUUACCUCUUGAAUCUCCGUGGAUCCGACAUACCAUACAAUCCAUUAUUCUAUGCGUAUCUAUUCGUCUCGCUGGAUCGUAUCACCCUCUUCCUCGACGCCUCAAAAUUGACUCCCGACGUCGAAGAUUAUCUCGCUUCGCUCGGCAUCGAACGGAAGGAGUAUAAUGAUAUCUGGGCCUUCCUCCGCCGUCGAGAGUGGGGCGAGGGCAAGAUUAUCAUCCAUGCGGAGACAUCGUAUGCCAUUUCCUUGAUGCUCACACAUUUCCGCUACACGGUCGCACCUUCGUUCGUGGAGGACAUGAAGGCGGUCAAGAAUGAGGUGGAGUUGGAGGGCAUGAGGCGUGCCUAUAUCCGAGAUGGAGCCGCAUAUGUGAAAUGGCUGGCUUGGUUGGAGCACAAGAUCCAGCAGGGCUACGACAUCACAGAGUGGGAAGCGGCUUGGCGGUUAACUGAGUAUCGCAGGCAGAACAAGCAUUACUGGGGCCUUGCUUACGAGAACAUCUCUGCCAGUGGUCCCAAUGCCGCACUCCCGCAUUAUUCGCCGACAAAGUUGGGUGCUAAGAUGAUUGACCGUGAAACCCCGUACCUGAACGACUCGGGCGGGCAAUACCGCGACGGGACGUGUGACACGACACGGACGGUCCAUUUUGGACGUCCCACGCAGGAUCAAUGCGAGGCAUACACGCGUGUCUUGCAAGGUCAUAUUGGCAUUGACUCCGCGGUGUUCCCCGAGGGCACCAAGGGCUCGGCGCUCGAUGUUUUGGCUCGCCGUGCCUUGUGGAAGGAUGGAUUGAACUACCUUCACGGCACCGGUCAUGGCGUUGGUGCUUUCUUGAAUGUUCACGAGGGACCGCACGGGUUCUCAAAUGCCAUCCCUUUGGUCCCCGGCCACGUCAUUACCAAUGAGCCUGGGUUUUAUCUCGAGGGACGAUGGGGAAUGCGUAUAGAGUCGGCGCUUGUGGUACGACGUGUGAAGACGAAGGGGGAGUUCAACGGCGACAUUUGGUUAGGCUUCGAACGCCUCACCUGCGUUCCCAUUCAGACGAGAAUGGUGAAGGAGAACAUGCUCACUAAAGAGGAGAAGCAGUGGCUCAAGGACCACAAUAAGAAGUGCCUUGAGAAGCUGGAGCCGUAUCUCAAGGACGACAAGCGUGCGCUCAAGUGGCUGAAACGCGAAGCAGACCGAGGCUUCGGCCUCGCAGCUCCAGGGCCCGGCGGAAUCGCCAUCGAUUGGGACUGA